AUGGCGGUCAGUUCUAAUUAUGUUAGCUCUACAAAAAGCGUUAAUAUUUAUUCAAAACAGUGGGAUGUCAAAGAAAUUCAAGAACACCCAACCUGCAUGUACAAACUUUGCUACGAUGGUACACGUAUUAGAUGGAGUGGGAGCUUCGAUAUGCUAAAAGAAUUUGUCGAAAGCGCUAUCAAGCUGCAAGGGAAAUGGUCUUCGCCGGGUGGAAAUUCGAAGAAGUUUACUUGCUGCAGUAGUGAUAUAACAAUUACUUGGUAUGCCAAGAAACAAAACACACUUAUUUUACAUGGAAAUGCAAGUUUGGUAUUGAUUGAUAUACUGAUCAAAGUCUGUAAUACACUGUUAACAUUUUGCGAUUCCACAAUAACCAAAAACAUCUACAAGCUGAUGAUGCAAACACCAAUGAUAUACCUGCAAACCCAGCUGCUGUUAAAGUUUUCGCAGAAAUGCAUGAACAUAUACUCGAAAAUGAUAUUCAAGCUGAGAGAUAUGAUGAAGAAGGAUGGAACCCAUCUUUGUGCGAAUAUUUACGCAAACCCGAUUGCGGUUGUCAAUGCGGUAUGUUGGCUGCUGAACUUGAAGAGGUCAAACUUGACAUGCUUAUUAUGAAUAAAAAUAUUGAGUCAAAAAUAUCUGCAGCUAUUAACGUACGGGAGAAUGAUGAAAUAAUCCAACUUCGAAAAAAUCUUUUUAACGAAAGGAGAAAAU